AUGAAGGAUCUGAAGCUAAUCAAAUCACAGAUUGAUGUAAUAUCGAAAAAGCGUGAGAAUAUUGCAAAUGCAAUCGAGCAAGCCGAAGAGUAUAGCUAUCAGUACAAUCUUAAGAUUACUGGUGUCCCACAACAACGUGAAGCAGAAACUGCAGAAGAAACUACGGCAUUGUGUGUAAAGUUAUUUCACGCUACUGGGGCGACAGAUAUCUCAGAAUAUGACAUAGAUAUAGCUCAUCGUGUGCCCGCUAGACAACGUACUCACAUGCCGAACCCGUUGGAAGAUUUGAAUUUAGUAAUAGACAAUUUUCCAAUAACAGAUCAUGAUCCAGAUCAAAAUUUCUAUACAUGUUCACCGCCCGCUAGCAAAUAUGUGGUAGAAAGUGAAAUUCGUGACCUAGCCAGUGAACCGCAAAAUAGCUUUAAUUUUUCUUUCCUUCAUUUGAACUGUGGUAGCUUGCUUG